AAUCAUAAUUUCGAUUAUGGAUGUUUACUCAUGGGGCGGAGCAAUCUCGUCGCGUGAUUUCUACACAGCUGGUCGAGCGUUUAUGGAGAGAUGGAAUAGAUUGAAUCCGAGAAUGCCGCCAUGGACAUGGGUCCCUUCUCCGAAACAACACCUGGGUCUUGCUCCCUCUCAUCAAAUCAAUGGAUACUUAGUUCUAGAGAAGCUGUGCCUUCCCGACUUAACACACAAAGAUGGGCCUUCUCAGGAGAAUCUUGAUGAGCUAACUUCUCAGUCUAGGAAAGAAGAGUUUACUUUCUCUGAGGAAGAGGAAUUUGUUGAUAAUGCGACAUUGGUUGAAAGCAGUAAUAGUGUUGGUGGAGUACAUUCCUAUGAUUUCCACAUAGUGUACAGUGCUUCAUAUCGAGUUCCAGUGCUAUACUUUCGUGCUUACUUGACUGAUGGGCAACCCUUGGAACUGGAUGAAAUUGAAAAGGACUUGCCUUCAUCCUCAGCCAAGGUUUUGGUCGAAUCGAAAUGGACCUUCAUAACUCAGGAGGAGCAUCCAUACUUGAACAGACCAUGGUACAAGUUACAUCCAUGUGGGACGAGCGAGUGGAUGAAGCUGCUUUUUCAAAGUGACACUAGUCUAGCCAAACAUGGUGUAUCAAUUGAACUAUACCUGUUUUCAUGGCUAUCAGUAGUUGGCCAAGUAUUUGGUAUUAGAAUCCCGCCUGAACUGUUCAAUCAUCAAGAUCACUUAUGAUCGAACAUUAGAGUGCAAUAAUCUGUUUCUAAGAAUUAUGUUAAGAGAUUAGUAUUAUAGGGGCAAAAAAUAGCAAUCUUAUUCCUAACUGAACCUAUUCUUGUGCUUGCAUUGAAGUAAUUUUUUUUUUGUGC